AUUAUAAUUAAAAAAAAAUAAAAUGCUACGCCUCCUUACACAAAUCAGUUCCAGACAACUGGUGCGCGCACAGUCCUCGUCUACGCAGAGCCCCAAGGAUAAGUGGGAUUUGUAUGCUGGUGUCUUGGUCGAGCGGCUGCCGGUGGUCACCAAAACUUUGAAUCCAUUGGAGCGACAGUUCCAAGAUAUGCUGUCCCAGGUCGAGUACGAAAACAGUCUUAAAUCAGACUUUGAGCUAAAGCACGAACGCGACAUGCUGCAGGCUGAGCUGAUUAAGCAGGGUAAAGCGCAGGUGGACCUCGAUGACUCGGUAGCCAAGCAAACCGCUCAAGAUCUGAAAGAUGCCUACACCGAGGAGCUGAAGAAGUUUCGAUUCGCGCCAUGCACCACGCCCGACGACGCCGCUAACAAAACCACCUCAACGGACCGAUGCUUGGAGGACACGCUCUAUCUGGUAGUUAAGCAAAAGCUCGGCCAACAGGAGCAUUUGGUGCUGCCGCAGGGUCUCCGCCAGGAGGGCGAAUCCAUGCGACAAACAGCGGAGCGUGUGCUUCGCGAGCGAUGUGGCACAGAUUUGCAGGUCCUGUUCUAUGGCAAUGCGCCCGUUGGCUUCUACAAGUACAAGUAUCCGAGCAAGCAGCGCAUCGAGAGCGUCGGUGCCAAGAUAUUCUUCUACCGUGCCUCGCUGCGGGCUGGAAACGUGGACGAGAAGCAAUCGCCGCCGGUUCCAUACGAAUGGCUGCCCAAACACGUGCUCAACGCAAAACUUAAUACCGCCUAUGUGGAGAGCAUUAAUAAAUUCCUGAUAUGAUUUGAAUAUUGUUUGUCCUGUUUCAAGUAGUUAAAUAAACAUAUUUUAUCAUAAAUAA